AAGUUUGCCGAAAGAGGCCGGCCGCGUUCUGUUCGUCAAUGGCCGCCAUGCUUUCAGGAAUAGCGAAGUCGUGUUUCUCGGCAGUAAGGGCUGCAAAACCGGCGUUUUCUGCCGGUCUUGCUAGCCAAACGGCAAGAAUAUGUGCACCGGCAACAUAUAGCUCAAGAAGGAAUUAUGUAGCAGAAGCCAAAACACAGGCCCAGACUGGGGCCACGGGCAAGAUUGUGGCUGUCAUUGGUGCUGUGGUCGAUGUACAGUUUGAUGAAGGCCUACCGCCUAUUCUCAAUGCCUUGGAGGUACAGGGGCGCCCCAGUAGGCUGGUGCUGGAGGUAGCACAGCAUCUAGGUGAGAACACGUGUCGUACCAUCGCCAUGGACGGCACAGAGGGUCUGAUCAGAGGCGACAAGUGCCUGGACAUCGGCUCUCCGAUCAGGAUCCCUGUCGGUCCCGAGACGCUAGGCCGCAUCAUCAACGUCAUCGGGGAAUCCAUCGACGAGAGAGGCCCCAUCCCCACAGACAGGAGAGCUGCUAUUCACCAGGAGGCCCCAGAGUUUGUGGAGAUGAACGUGGCCCAGGAAAUCCUGGUGACUGGCAUCAAGGUGGUGGACCUUCUAGCCCCCUACGCUAAGGGAGGCAAGAUCGGUCUGUUCGGUGGUGCCGGUGUGGGCAAGACCGUACUUAUCAUGGAACUGAUCAACAACGUAGCCAAGGCCCACGGUGGUUACUCUGUCUUCGCCGGCGUCGGGGAGCGCACCCGUGAGGGCAACGAUCUCUACCACGAGAUGAUAGAGGGCGGUGUGAUCAGCCUCAAGGACGACACCUCCAAGGUGGCGCUAGUGUACGGUCAGAUGAACGAGCCGCCCGGCGCCCGUGCCCGCGUCGCCCUGACCGGACUGACUGUGGCCGAGUACUUCCGUGACCAGGAGGGACAAGACGUGCUGCUCUUCAUUGACAACAUCUUCCGAUUCACCCAGGCUGGCUCAGAGGUGUCUGCCUUGCUGGGUCGUAUCCCGUCCGCUGUGGGUUACCAGCCAACCCUGGCCACCGACAUGGGUACCAUGCAGGAGAGAAUCACCACCACCAAGAAGGGAUCCAUCACCUCAGUGCAGGCCAUCUACGUGCCCGCUGAUGAUUUGACUGAUCCCGCUCCUGCCACCACAUUUGCUCACUUGGAUGCCACCACUGUGCUGUCCCGAGGCAUCGCCGAGCUGGGUAUCUACCCCGCCGUGGAUCCGCUGGACUCCACCUCCCGUAUCAUGGACCCCAACGUGGUCGGGGACGAGCAUUACUCCGUUGCCAGAGGUGUGCAGAAGAUCCUUCAGGACUACCGUUCGCUUCAGGAUAUCAUCGCCAUUCUGGGUAUGGACGAGUUGACUGAGGACGACAAGCUGACAGUGUCCCGGGCCCGUAAGAUCAGCCGUUUCCUCUCCCAGCCCUUCCAGGUGGCCGAGGUCUUCACUGGUUCCCCAGGCAAGCUGGUACCCAUCGCCGACACCAUCUCAGGAUUCAAGCAGAUCCUGAACGGAGAAUAUGACCAUCUUCCCGAGAUUGCUUUCUACAUGGUGGGCGACAUCAACGAGGUUGUAGCAAAGGCGGACAAACUGGCUGAGGAUCAACAGUAGAGGGCGCACUUCGGUGCGCGCUGCCCGGCAGUGUUGUCUUGCAAUGCUUCAGCCUGUAGAUUUAUUAACAGUUAUGAAUUAUAUAUGAGGUCAUGUGAUCUAAGAAGAGUCUCGGGCCAGGUUUUUUUGUUUUUCUAUAUAAAGAGUUUUUCUGUGAUUUGAUGCAAAAUUUGAAGUUUUAUUUGUAUAAGCAACGUGAAGAUCGAGAAUGUUACGGAGGUGGUAGAAUAUGUUGCAAACGAUUUGGUUUGAUACUAGUUAGCAUGUCUUACGCGGUUUGAUAAGAGUGGAUAAAAGUAAUGGUUUUUAACGGGCCACAAAGGUAAAAAAAAUUCUGUUUAUGGUGUUUUGAAGUUCAGAGUUAAACUGCCCACUCCAGCACCAACUUUGUGAUCCGAAAGCAUUCAAGAUUCAUCCAGUCCUAAAAAGCGUAGUACUUUCCAUUGUAUCAAACUGACUCCAAAGAUUGUGAAGACUAUCUUUCAAACUUUGGUCACAAAGUUAAACAUAACCCCAUAUUAAUAUUAAACUUAACUUAUUCUGUUUCAGAAAUUACUUUUACUUGAUUGUCUGUUUGGUAGAACCCAAGUGAAGAUUUCAUAAUAGGUCUCUUUCACCGAAUGCAAUCUCAUCACCUUUUUCAGUAGAACAGAAAGAUAAUUUACAAAUGGAAAUUUUGGAUGUUGCGAUAAUAAAUAAAAUUCAUACUACAUUGAA